CCUGAUUCUGGUGUUGGACCCGUUGGCGCGAUGUCCUAGUCCCAGUAGCUAGUGAUCCGGUCAUGAUGCGACAUGCGAGGGCGCCUGCGUUAGUAUUCAUUGAUCUGCGGGAGAAGAAGCCGACGUAAGCUAGGACGUGCCUCGCGUGGGAUGCUGCAGGAUUGCGGGGGAGAUGGCCGUUCCAGGAACCCGUCUGCGCGCACCUCCGGCACCCCCAUGUGCCUGCCUACCCAGCAUCCCUGAAUCGGGCUGACGAGCAGUGGGCUCGUGGUAGCGCAGUAGCACUUCGGCGGAAGAGCAUCCGACUCGCAAUGGCUUCAGUAUACGAGUGUGCAAAGUAGGCACGAGAUAGCAUAUAAACAUGAAAUAACUAAAAAAAAAAGAAUCAACCACUAAAAUCACAUUCCGGUUAAAUAAAUUAAACAGCAAUAUAUGUAUAUACGUGUGUAUGUGGGGUACGUAUACUGAAUUAUACUGAUACUGAUGUACAUAGGUAUAUAUGCAUAUUCGAUAAACAACAGAAAAUAAAGUACUGAACCGAAUAAACCUAACAAAAUAACAACAAAAUAUUAAUAAACAAAAAUAUAAAACGUCUCGCAUCACACGCAUACACAUAAACCGAUCGCUCUCAUAAAGUGCACAAAUAUAAUUCGACUCUAACCGGAAGGAGCAAGAAGAACAAGCGAACAAACGUAAGCUGAAAUAUUAUACAUCUUUAAAAAAAAACAAUCUGUUAAACCAUCAAUUACAUAAACAGAAAACUUAAAUAAAUAAGUAAAGAGAACGGUAUUUUAGACCUUAACCUGAGAAUCUAAUCAACAGAAACGCGAAACCAGUAACAAGUAACCACUUUAAUCUAAACGGAAACCUAAACGUAAACCAAGAAAAGAUACAGAUAAAAGAGAAAGAUCGCAACUCGACAUCGCCAUCAAUAUCUCGAAGAUCCUUGCAACCAUCACCAAUGGACAGUGGCAUGCAGCAAAGUCACUUGACGCGAGCUCUGACGCUCUUUGUCCUCGCCUGGCUGUCGCUACCAAACGAGACCGCGGCUGGGUCCAACGAGAAGAAGCUUCUCCACAAACUCCUAGAUUCCUACAACGUCCUCGAGCGGCCCGUAGCGAACGAAUCGGACCCUCUGCAGCUUAGCUUCGGCCUCACUCUCAUGCAGAUAAUCGACGUGGAUGAGAAGAACCAACUACUUAUCACCAACAUAUGGCUGAAAUUGGAAUGGAACGACAUGAAUCUGCGGUGGAAUGCAUCGGAAUAUGGGGGAGUGAAAGAUUUACGCAUCCCCCCACAUCGAUUAUGGAAACCGGACGUUCUUAUGUACAACAGUGCCGAUGAAGGUUUUGACGGAACUUAUCCAACAAACGUUGUAGUCCGGAACAACGGGAGCUGCUUGUACGUACCACCUGGUAUAUUCAAGAGUACCUGCAAAAUCGACAUCACCUGGUUUCCGUUUGAUGAUCAACGAUGCGAGAUGAAGUUCGGCAGUUGGACUUACGAUGGAUUACAACUUGAUUUGCAAUUACAAGACGACUCAGGUGGCGACAUCAGCAGUUUCAUAACCAACGGAGAAUGGGAUCUACUAGGCGUGCCCGGCAAGCGGAACGAGAUCUAUUACAACUGCUGUCCUGAACCAUACAUCGACAUCACGUUUGUUAUCAUCAUCAGAAGACGGACUCUUUACUACUUCUUCAAUUUGAUCGUGCCGUGCGUGCUGAUCGCGUCGAUGGCCGUGCUCGGAUUUACCCUGCCACCGGACUCUGGUGAGAAACUGUCCCUAGGCGUCACCAUUCUGCUGUCGCUUACGGUGUUCCUGAACAUGGUGGCCGAAACGAUGCCAGCCACUUCCGAUGCGGUUCCUUUGCUCGGCACAUACUUCAAUUGCAUCAUGUUCAUGGUGGCAUCGUCCGUGGUGUCCACGAUCCUCAUAUUAAAUUACCACCAUCGCAAUGCCGACACCCACGAAAUGUCGACUUGGAUCAAGGUCGUCUUUUUGUAUUGGCUUCCGUGUAUCCUGAGGAUGAGUAGACCGGGCACUUCGCCGUCCUGCGAUUACGGAUCGAGUCGGCCGGCGUCCGUCACCACCGACCGUAAGCCGCUGCAUUUUCAGGACGUGGAAUUGAAGGAGCGUUCGUCCAAGAGCCUCUUGGCUAACGUCCUAGAUAUAGAUGAUGAUUUCAGGCACAAUCAUCAUCGCGGCGGAGGCACUCCGACGCCUUUGCCAACUGCAGCAUUCUUCCGCACUGUCUACCGACAAAACGAGGAUAAUGGUAACGGCGGCAGACUGCAUGAGUCGCUGGUGUCGAACCACGCCUGUAUUAGCGCUGACUACGAGCUGGCCUUGAUCCUGAAAGAGAUCCGCUUCAUAACCGAUCAACUGCGGAAGGACGACGAAGCCGCCGACAUCACGAGGGACUGGAAAUUCGCUGCAAUGGUGGUCGACAGAUUGUGCCUUAUUAUAUUCACUCUGUUCACGAUCAUCGCGACUCUCGCUGUGCUGUUCUCAGCACCGCACAUUAUAGUCUCGUAGCCGUAGCGGGCUCGUAGGAUGAUCAGACCCGGGUCCCAGCUGGGACCCCACCGGAUCCCCAUCGGCCCUAGACGGAAACAAUUGAUGCCGGAACGGCAAACAACGCAUGCGGCAGCGGACACCAGCUUAGUCCAGCCCGACGACUCUGGAUGGCGUCUACUCUCUUUAUUAUAUCCGUAUCAGUAUCGAUCCCGACGCUCGGGCCAUCAAAAACAGAUCAAACCCAUCAAUAGCUGGCAGUCAUUUUAUACGGAAAUUUUGGUUUUGUAUAGUGUUCUUUAGGGUAUUAACACAAUCAUACUGUGAUAAAUCAAAGUUAAAUGUUGAGUUUCAAACGUUUUACAAACACACGCGUAUUACGCACUUACGUGCGCUGCUGAUGUAAAGAAAAACAAAAUGCUCUCGAAAGCAGUAACAAAACUAACAGAAAUGGGACAAAAGUUCGUUAUCCGUUGCCAAAAAUUCCGAGAUGCGUACUAUAACGUUCUCAAUUUUACGUUCCCACGGGUGUUACUAGUUAGAUUUUCAUUAUUUUCGUUGAGAGCAGACUUAUGGAAAAGUAUUAUUAUACAACAGACAAUACCAAAUUUAAAUUGCGACAAAUCGACGGAUGGAUCGGAUUUAUGACGCAGCGUUCGCGUGUCUUUACAAUUGUGAAUGUGCAAUGUUUAGUCCGCUGUGCGCAAAGAGCUACACGACUGUAAAAUUAUUAUCUUGGUGAUGGUCAGUAGUUCAGCGCAAAGCAUUGUUAAUGUCAUUUUAUAUUUAUUGAUGACAUGUAGAGUCUAUAUUUUUCUCACAGGGAUUUAAAAAAAAAAAAAAGGAAAAGGGAAUAAAUUAUAUUAUAUAAAAGAUAAUAAUUUUACGUAUUAAUAAUCGAUCGGCAUAAUAAUAACAAGAUGAAGCGGGAAAGUUAUGAAAAGUUAUCUUUGUUUAUGAAGGAUUUUUUAUCAAGUGAAAUGAAAUGAGGACGACGCAAUUGCUGUGAGAUGUUUUUUUUUUCGAAGCUUUACCGGAAGCAACGCAACAUCAACAAGAAAUUUAAUCAAAUAACAUUUGAUUUUGCGUUUCUCUCUCUAUAUAUCUUUCUUAACCUCCUCAGCGUAAUUAACGUUUAUUUUUCUUAUAUUUUGUCCGUCUAAGUAGUAAUCGUCAUCUAUCUAUCUAUCGUCUAACUUCUUUCAUUCUCGUGUAUAUAACAUUAAUGAAUUUACAUUUAGGCCACAUCGCCGAUACUGCAAAUGAUCAUUAAGUGGAGUUCGCGCAGAUGCCCGCCUCGCAAUUUCCGAUCGUUUAUAUUUUUCCUCUUCAUUUCCGGCUUCCAGAAGGAAGGAAAAAAAUGAAGAAGAAAAAAAAAA